AUGUCAGAUAUUACAGAUCUUGAACAGGAUAUUGCUGCUCUGAAAGUAGAAUUGGAAGGGCUUCGAGCGAAAAGAGAUGCCCUAAAAGAUCCAGGUAAAGACAUCCAAAAAGACACAUCAAUAGCUGAAACGAAUGCUGAUAGACAGCUACAAUCUCUACUGGAUCAAUUUCCUCAACUACAUGAUAUAUUACUUAGUGACAAUGCUAUAGACAAAUCAAGCCCUGUUCUACACAACAACGGAGAGGAUGAUACCAGCUUACUAUCGAGAAAACGGAAAUCUGAACACGGCUCUCCAAAUACAAAACACAAAAGAUUAUCUCUAUCAGCAAACCUACCGGAGCAUGAAUGGGUACUGAAGAUGCAACCUCCUAUAGAGCAUAAGAUGUUUGAUACUAGUGUGGCUGAUGUAUUAGGUACAGAUAUAUUAUCGUCUCCUUCGAAAAGAAUAAUUGAAACCAAGGAAAGACAAUCAGAUAACCUUCAACGAACACUUAUUCUCUUAGAGGAUUUUUAUAAGAAAUUAGGCGUCAACUUCUUGCAACUGUUCGAUCCGAAUGACUUGGAAAUGAACGAAAAAAUGGAGGCAUUGCAAAUGAAAGGAGAUAUGCUCGGUGUGAGAUUCGAGUUACCCAGUUCAGAAGGAGCCCAAAAGUAUUAUCUUCUUUUGAAGAAAGAGACUGCUUCCGAUUACUGGAUUCCUUAUAAACAUUCCCUUCCUAAUAUCAUUGAUGUUAACGAAUAUUUUGUUAAUGUCGCUGCCGAAAGCCACGAGGAUAUAUACCUAAUUGCCAAAGACAUAUACUUACAGCUACUUACUUCAGCAAAUUAA